AUGUCCAUAUUAAAGGCGAUCUCGACAGAGGUCCACGAAAACGUCUCGGGCGGGAUCCACCCGUCGGUGCUGGCGCUUGUGGAUGCUUUCAUCAUGUACUUGAAGGAACCUCGGUACCUGAACCCUUUGGGCCUUGCGGAGCUCAGCCAGUUGUUCGCCAACUUCUACGCAGACCUCAACUCGUUGGUGAUCUACAUCUACACGCAGCUGAACUCCAACAAGCGACAGCUCUUGCAAAAUUCGGCGAUAUUUCAAAAUGACCAGAAGACUUUUGACUACUUGGUGGCGUUGUCGCAGUACUCAACGCUGUCGAUUAAACGACUGCGUCGGACCGACCCGCAUGCGCUUUUCCAGCUACGGGUUUUUGCUCUCUACAAGUUCAUGACCAUUGUGGAUACGAUUGAAAAGGCCCAGUACGACCUAUUCAACUCAAGCAGCCCGGGUGACAAGUCCACGUUGUUUGAUAAGAUCUUCCGUUUCGACGAAAAGGAUAUCCGUGCCCAGCAGCUCUGGACAGAAAAGAUCAAACUCCUCAAAAAUUUGAACUUGCCCUUGAGCUCCUUUUGCGAGUCCCAGAACGACGCCGAGGCGGCCAAACUCGACGAGUACUUUUUGACGUUGGAUACUUCGGAGUGCGCCACCUUGCAGGAGAUCAAGAAGAACUUCAAGCUCCUUAACAUCGUCAAGACGCCUUCUACCAAGCUCAAAUACUUGGUCAACACGCAGAAGUUGAUUGUGCGUCUCUUGUCGAACUUUUAUAACGACGCCUCGAAAGUCAACAACGAUAUCUUGCUUCCCGCACUCAUCUACAUCAUCAUAUACCAUCUACCGGAAGACGUACCAGAGAAUCCCGAGCUUGAGACCGUCACCGAAUCAUACGACUUACUUCUCAACAUCACCUUCAUAAAGAACUUUCUUAACGUCAUCGAUGCACAUAAAGUGGAUAUCACUACUUUUACGCUCAACACCUCAUUAAGCUCAUACAAACCAACAGGCAAGAAACGCCCCUUCUCUCGCGGUGAUCGCAGGAACUCCAGCACGAACCUUUAUGACUUGAUCAAUCUCAAGGAAUCUGCAGAAUGCGAGCCUGUCGACGAUGACGAGGGCAACCUGAUAUACUCCACAAAGGGUCUCCAGAAUGACAAGGCAUUGAUAGAUUACAUUCAAAAGAAUUUUCUCAAUCAUGGCGAGCUACAGUACUAUCUCACGAAUUUCGAGGCUGUCAUUUACUUUCUACUGAACUCAACGCUCGAUGAACUCGUUCCAGAUGGAUUUCUGAUUCCCGAAUCUUCCAGAGAUCACAAAUUGGUUACUAAACCGUUGCAUAAAAUUUUGGAAGAGGAGUUUGCAUCUGCAGCAAUGAAGGACAAAUCUGACGUCGACGCUGAUAAACUAUCUAGAACACUCGACGAGGAACUCGAUGCCAACAGGUCCAGAUCAGGUUCACUAUUCAACACGAUAUCAAGCGCUGUCCAGUCCUCCGUGAACAGAUCUCGUUCCAAUUCUGGCGCGAUCAAAUCCAAUAAAGAGAGCAAUGGCCACAAUGAUUUCGAGAACUCCUUAUACGGCGGCCCACUUGGGAACAAUGAAGCUUACGGAUUCGGCCGCAUGAAGAACAUAUUGGGGAAGCUUGGAUCCUCAGCUAUCCAAUUUCGCCAGGGCUUCGAAGAAGAGCUUAAUUCUGGAAUGUUGUCUGACCCUCAAGUGAACGAAACAAGACAAAAGAGGGCCAGCACCCUUUUCGAUAAACUCUCACCAAAUCAUACCAGAAUGCGGUCUGAGUCACUUGAUGCGGUGGGCAACAGCAGUAACCCCCUGGUCCAUACACAUUCACGCAAACCAACCCUCUCGCUGAAAUUCUCAACAGCAGCGUCUGAGUUCAUGACGAAGUUCAGUGCGGCUGCGAAUAACCCGACCGGACCUGCCCCUACGCUGACAUCAAACCCAGGCCAUGCAUCCAAUCCAUCUCUUCACUCACUAGAAGAACAAUCGCCUUUCGAAGAAAGACCGCCUAUAGGAGAACGUUCUGCCAGCCUCCAUACAAUGGACAGAUGGUUCAAUAAUUUUACGAACGAGGAAAGCGCCGCCAUUGGUGCCACAAAUGCAAGUCUGAACCACCAAAGUACCAGCAGUGCAGCAAGCAAUGCUUUCACGAACAACGAAGACUCGGUUUUUAGUUCUAGUGCCGAGGAAUUAACCAAAUUCCAACAUAUUGAUUUCGACUCACUCACGAUCAACGACUUGAAGCUAAUGAAGAAUUACUACGAUCAGCUAUGCUCGGAGUUUAUUGCUUCCAAAACAGACUCGAAGACAAGCAACGAGUAUCUUCCAUUGGAUGCAAAAGAUCAGCCAAGCAUAUAG